AAUUGUAUAUUUUUCUUCAGUUCAAUGAAAAAUUCAAAUGCGCAAGUCCCUGGCUAUCGUUCAAGUAAGAAGCAAUAUUUUCGCGAAAAUGGCACGGAAAAACCGAACAGAAGAAAUCAUUCAACGGAAAAGUCAAAAUCCAAGAAAAGUCACGGACGUUCUCAUCAACGUUCUAAUAAGCCAGAUUCGCGUUCUGUCUGCUCUACAUGUUCAUUCAAUGAUGAAGCGAACGAUGAUCCACGAAAAGAAGAGGAGAAAGACGUGAAAAAACUUAAACCAAUUCAAGAAGACGAAAAACCCCCUUCAGUAAAAACUGAAAAACAGCCUCAGGUAGAAAAACAGCCUCAGGUAGUAAAGACAACGGAACAACCUCAAGCUUCGAUACAGAAGAAAGAAACGAGCGACUCUAACUUGCCGUCAACGUCAUCAGGUCCAUGUUCCUUAACUGCUCGUCUUCGAACUGUUUUUCUCCGACAUGUAAAUAUUCCAUUAAAUAGAACAGAUGCUUCACUAAAAGAUCCUAGAAGACGUGAUAAAGAAGAAAAGAAAGAAAGUAUGGAUUUGGAAUUACCAAAAUUUGCGGUUAAAUUGAAACUUCCUAAACGAGAGAAUUCUGAAGUGAGGCAACGACUUCCAAAAUCAUCAGAUUCAAAAUCAAAAGAAUUUACGAGUGAGGAUUCUUUCGUUGGAACACCACUACAAAAAUUAGAGUCUGAAGGAAGUCGAAGAAACUCGUUAGAAGAGAAAAACAUCAAAAGUGAAAUUGGUAAACUUUCAUUGACUUUACGCUCGUUAAGCAAGACCAGUGCUUUGUUCAAAGAAGUUAACAAUAAAAUCGAUGCUCGAAAAACAAUUUUAAAUAUGGAAAAAAAGCCAGAUGAGUGUCAAAGGGAGGUGAAUAUUCAAAAAAUGGAACAAGAGAUGAAACAAUUUUUAGAUGUGUUUUCCAUUUCUUCAAGUCUAUCUUUCGUUUCUAACGUGACUGGAGACUGUUUACAUCAACAUGUAGAUAAUGAAGCUUGUACAAGUCAUAACUUACAAUUAGAAGGGACGAAAGAUAAGACAAAUGAUCACCAAAAUAGGUUACCUCAUUUGGCCAACCUGUCUCGUGAAGAUUCUGCUUCGACUAGCAUUGACUUACAGGAAAGAAGAAAUACAUUACCAGCUAAAUCAGUGACUGAACCUGUUGCUGUUUGCACACAAAAACAACAAAUACAACAAAAAAGUUGUUUAGCUCCUAUUAUUAGACAGCGCGCAUCCUCUUCUACAAGCAUUACUCAUUCAAUAGAAGAAUGUUCAUCUCCUUUUGUAAAACAAAUUGAAUCUGUUCCUGAUUUUGAUGUUCAAUCAGCAAGACUUAACAACACUCAACAAAAAUCUAAUGAAGCUACCUCACUUCCAAAAAUUGAAAAAGACGAAAAUGAUAACAACAGCUCUCCUCAACCUUUAAAAAAGUCAUCAAUAAUUCUCAAAAAGCCUUCAGUAGCGCCUUUACCAAUUCAGAAUAUGCAACAACAACAACAACAAUUGAAUAAACCGUUAAAUAUAACUCCAAAAUUGAAAACCGAGCCGAAAAAAUUAAUAACAACGCCAACUCUAACGACUCCAACAUUAUCAGAUACUUGUGAAAAGAAAUUAAAAUAUAAAUUUUGUGAGAAGGAUCAGCCUAAAGAUUUAAAAGUCAAACAACAUUCUCUUGCCAAAAUGCCGUCAACUUCAUCCGCUAGUUUAAUCCCGAAGAAAAUAAGCUUGUCAAAAGAUGAAAAAUAUAAAGAUUCUGACGAAAUAAGGAAGACAAAGGCAUUCUCUGUUGGUAGUAAAGAUCAGUUAAAAUCGAUUUCUAAAAAGAAGGGGACGUCUGAAAUUGAUUCAGUUACAGACGGGAAGCAUUUGCGAAGAAAGAAAAGGCUCCAUCAAAUGCAAAAACAUGGAUCGUCUUCUGGAAGUUCUGAUAGUGAGGGAGAAAGCGAUACUGCUGCUUCUGGAGUUCUUUGGGAUAUUGACUUGGAGGAACAGAAAAGAAUGCUUGCGGCAAUAAAAUCAGGCGCUAAUUUUGGAAUGUCAAUGUAUGAUCGUGUAAAACGAAGAUCGUCUCAACGACCUGAUGAAGAAAGAAAGAAAUCACAGGCUUUGGAACAAUUGCGUGAAAAAAAGACUAAAAAGAAAAAAGAAUUAAAUCGUGUUUGCCUUAGUAGUUCAUCAUCCGAUUCUGAUGAAAGUAAAAAAGAAGAUGAUAAACAAUCUUCUCCGGCUCUUCAAAAUAUUCAAGAAAUCAAAAAGGAAAUGGAAGAGAAUCACGAUCAUUCAGAAGUUGAGGAAAAUGAAGAAUUAGUAGAUGUUGAACGACAAGAUUCAAUCGAACCUGUUAUAAACAAACUACAAGAUUCUAAUAAAAUUAAUUCUCAAAAGAAUGAGGUUGUUCCCUCUCUAAUAAGAAGGCCACAAAUUGCUCCAAAAAAACCAUCAAUGAUGGAAAGAAUUGAAAAGGAAGGUGCUUUUGAAUCUAAAGAAUCCUCUUCGAGUGAUGAAUGGAGUGUAAGUGUUAGCGCUGAUGAAAAAACUGAUAAUGAAGAGCCUGGAAGAAUUGGAGAUAAAAUUGUUCAAAAGUUGCAAGCAGAAUUUAUUAAACAUCGUUCUAGUUCACCUCGUUCUGUGGAUGGACACAAAGAUGAUUUGGAUCAGAAAUUGACUUCCUUAAUUGAAAUAGCCAAAGAAGGUCAGCAGCAGGUGAUUACAAAAAAGAUUGGUGCAGACUCUUGUUCAUCUUCUUCUACCUCUUCUGUUUCAAGUACCAGUGGUUCUGACACUUCUGAUGAUGAAGCGCGUUUACCUCCUAAGGGCUUUCCAAUAUUUAAAAAGCAUGUGCCGAAAAUUGCCAAAAUCUCGAUGGUUGAUGUAUUCGGCGAAGAUUCUGACAGUCAGGAAGAACUCGAAAAAGAAAAACCAAUUGUAAAACAACAACAACCUGUUGUCCUACACUCAAAGACUGAAAAAGUUCAAAAGCAUAGCAAUGCGGAAGCCGAAAUCAAGAAAAAACCAGAUGUUGGAAAGACCAGUGUUGUUGCAAAUAUUAAACAUAAGCCUAUUUUAUUCAAAAAAGAAUCUGCUAAAUUAAAUAAAAAUGAAUCUAUUGCUGUAGAAAAGAAGGUUAUUGACAGAAAAAGAAAACCAUUAGAAAUAGAAUCCUCAAUAUCUGCAAAGAAGAAAUUCGAUAAAAAAGAAGAAAUUAAAAAGACAUCAAAUGAAAGUCAUCCAUCAAAAUUGCAAAAUCAGACAUCAAAUUUGAAUGAACAAAUAAUUGAGAGCAAAGAAAAGCCAAGUGAAUCGAACAUGGUCGUUAUAGCUGGUGGUUUUGUUGAAAUUGAAUCAUCGAAAGUAUUAAAAGAACAACAGGGUGACAAAACUUCGCUCUCAGAUCAGAAUCCAACCACUCAAAUUUGCGACAAAGACAAAAAAGAAGAUUCUGAUAAAGUCCAACCAAUUGAACAGCAACCUCAGAAAAUAACGCCUGAAAUUUGUGAUUUCCCUAGUGAAAGUGCUGAUCAAGAAGAACUCGAUGCUAUUGCCAGCAUUAACAUUUCUGCUAAACCGAACGAUGAAUAUGACAAGUUAUCUAAAAAUGACUUUGUUUUUGGAGAAAAGAAAGUUAACGAAAGGAAAAGAAAACCUUCGGAGGACAAAUCUUUCGGCAUAUCUACUCAAAAGAAAUUUGAUAAAUUGGACAUUCAAAAGCCACCAAAUGAAAAUAAAGAACCACAACUUAAAAAUUCAAAUAAGGCUUGUGUUUCAGAUUCGAAACUUACUCCAUUCACUCCACAUGGUGCUUCUGGGUUGAUAAUCGAGAACAAAGAAAAGAAGAGUGGAUCACAAUCGGUCGUUAUCGCCACUGGCUUUGUUGAAAUCGAUGCUAAAGAGUUAAAGAGACAACAAGAAACUGAAAAGCAAGAAACAAAUCAGACUUCAAAGCAUGUUGUAGGCGACAAGCAACAUUCUUCUACACAACCAGAACAAAAGUCUUCUGAUAUAUUUGAAACAUUUGAAUAUUCGGAGAAGCAACACGAUAAUUCUGCUGAUCAGGAAGAACUAGAUGCUAUUGCAAAUAUUAACAAUUUUACUAAAUUGAAUGAUGAAUGUGAUAAAUUACCUAAAAAUGAUGUUUUUACUGAAAAGAAGGUUAAUGAAAGGAAGAGUGAACAUUUAGAGAGCGAAUCUUUCGAAAACAUUCAAAGACCCAAUCUAUCUUCUCAACAAAAAUCUGAUGAAAAAGAAGACAUUCCAAAAGCUCAAAAUGAAAGUAGAGAAGAAUCACAAUUGAAAAAUUCUGAUAAGGUUUGCGCUUCAGAUUCAAAACUUUCUUCAUUUACUCCACACAAUACUUCUGGAUUAAUCAUUGAAAGCAAAGAAAAGACGAGUGAAUCACAUGUGGUCGUUAUAGCCACCGGUUUUGUUGAAAUUGAUGCUAAAGAAUUGAAAAGACAACAAGAAAACGAGAAAAAAUCAUUGGACUCUCAUUCAAAUCAAACUUUGCAGAGUGUUGUUUACGACAAACAAUUUUCUUCUAUUCAACAAGAGCAAAAAUCUUCUGAUAUAGUCGCAGCUCAACAAUACGGAAAUUCUGUUGAACAUGAAAAAUUUGGUGCUAUUGCAAACAUUAAUAAUUCUGCUAAACUUAGUGCUGAAUUUCAAGAACCGACUAUCAUAAAUUAUCAUGAACAACAACAAAGCAAUAUUCCUCCUCAACGAAUACCAAUUGUCCAACAACUUCCCGCUGUUCAUCCACCUCAAGUAUCACAACCACAGCAACAAAAUAUGGUUCUGGAACAACAGAGUACCCAAGCUGAUUAUUGGCAAGGACAAUCAAUUAACAAACCUGAUGAUAAAAUGCUUGUUCAAAUGCAAAAGGGUUUUGGUGAUCAACAGCUCAUGGAAAGAAUUAAUCGCGAGCUGCUUACCUUUAAUGAACAGAAAGUGCAAAAUACCCAACAGCUUCCCGCCGUUCAUACACCUCAAAGUUCCCAACAACCACCGACCGUUCUUCCACCUCAAGUAUCACAAACACAGCCGCAAAAAAUAGUACAGAUACAACAGAAUCCAAUUACUUGGCAAGGACAGUUAUCUCAAGUGCAGUUAUCUACGAAGAAUGCUAACUCAUUUGAUUUCGGAAACGAACAGCUUAUGGAAAGAAUGAAUCGCGAACUAGCCACUCUUAAUGAACAGCAAAUGCGAAGUUUCCAACAACUUCCGACGAUUCAUCAACCUCAAAGUGUUCAACAGCUUCCAGUUGUUCAUCCACAAACAUCACAAACAAAUCAACAAAAUCAGAAACAACAACAGAAUAUUCAGGGCAAUUAUCCGAUUAUUUGGCCUGGACAGUUGGACAUUAAAAAUGCUGAUGCGCUUGUUUGCGGAAAUGAUCAACUUAGGGAAAGAAUGAAUCGCGACCUAUUCAACCUUAAUGAACAACAAAUACAAAAUUUCCAACAAUUUUCAGCCGUUCAUCCACUUCAAAGUGUUCAACAGCCUCAAGCAAUUCAUCCACCUCAAAUCUCUCAAACAAAUCAACAAAAUCAGAGACAACAUACUACCCAGAGUGAUUAUCCAAUUAGUUGGCAAGGACAGUUACCUAUAAAAAAUACUGACACACUUGCUCAAAUACAUAAGGUUUGCGGAAAUGAACAGCUUAUAGAAAGAAUGAAUCGCGAAUUAGUCAACAUUAAUGAACAGAGAAUACAAAGUGUCCAACAGCUUCCACCCGUUCAUCCACCUCAGAAUGUCCAACAGUUUCCUGCCGUUAAUCCCUCUCAGAAUGUCCAAAAGCUUCCAGCAAUACAUCCAACUCAAAGUGUCCAACAGCCACAAGCCGCCUUUCAACCACCUCAAAUCUCACAAGCAAAUCAGCAGAAAAUUGUUCAGAGACAGCAGAGUACGCAAGGUGGUUACCCAAUUAUUUGGCAAGGACAGUUAGCUAUGAAAAAUGCUGACACGCUUGUUCAAAUGCAUAAGGUUUGUGGAAAUGAACAACUUAUAGAAAGGAUGAAUCGCGAGUUAGUCACCCUAAAUGAGCAAGGCAUUCCUUUGCUCAGGGUAACACAAAGGAUGCGAUUAGAACAAUCUCAAUUGGAUAAUUUAAUGCGUAAAAUGGAGAAAGAAGAGAACCAUGUUGCCUUAAUUUGUUUACCUUGUGGGCGUGAUCGAAAUGAUGUUUCUAUACAAACGGAGAAAAUGGCAACUUCCUUUAUUGAAUAUUAUAGUUCCAAAAGUGCUGCAGGAAUUGUUAGCUCGCAUCACCCUCAAGGUUGUGUUGCUCAUAUAUUUCCUCCUAGUGACCUAAGCAGGUCAUUAUUAUCAAAAAAUGCUCCCGAUAUUUUAAGGAAAGUUGAUUUUCUUGGGGCAGGAUAUCUUUUUGUUAUUUUAACAAACUCCUGA